GGCAAGGAAGAAAUGAGGAGAAGAACAGAUUGAGAUCUAAGAACUUCCGAAACGUGAGUAAGGGACACAGGCCCACAAACCAUUUGUUCUCCAAGAGGGGACGGGGCUGAGGGAUACCUUGGACUUUGGACUUCCGAGACUCCGAAGCAGAUCCAGGUCACACUAAGACAUGCUUUACAAGCUGUGUGGUCCAACUCCGUUGCGCCCAAAACCGCGAAAGGUGGCCGAGGAUUCAGCACAACAAUUGUGCAUUUCAGAUUGCCAUUUUGGAUUCAGCUCAAGACGGAUCUAGCUUUAGCCAGCCAGAUUUGCGACAGGCAUACAAAAAAGUGUGGAUCAGCUUUCACGAGUUGCAGCUCUCUUGCGCAGCCCGCGCUUUAGACGGGCAAGUGAGCCAGUUGACGUUUCACGUCAGACCAUUCCAGCCAUGAGGACGAGUAUCGUGUCCUUUGGACCCCCAUCCGUUAGCAGCAGUAUGGGCUUGGGCGAGGUGGAGACAGAGGGUCUUCAUUCAAAGCUUCAUGAAUUGCAUCAGCUGAUCGAGAGAAGAUUUCGGCAACACGCCAAGCUUUUGAGAAUGGAGAUUCGUCGUUCACAACGAAAGAGUGCCACUUUGCCCAUCCUCGAGAUGGACGAUGUUUCGGAAAAAGCGGACGAGGAGAGGUCAGAAGAGUCCGAAGUGGAAGGGGAUGAGAAGGGAGAUGAGAUGGACCACAGCGGUGAAACUGGCAUUCUGCGGAGUCCCGAUAGGACUCCUCCUCCCUCGCCACCUGUGCCCUUGUUGGAACCUCUCCCGCCUAGUCCCGGCACUCCAAGCCGUGACUCACAUGUAUCUCAAAGCUCAGCUCGAGCCGGCAAGACUCGCUUUGGCCUUCGGUUGAGUAGUAGUAGUGCAAUCAGUGGAAUCAGCGGAAAGAGCAUGAAAAGCAACCGUAGCCGUUCAGGGAUUUCUGGAGCCUCAGAUCAGACUGCCCAAUCAUCCCGAACUGACCAAAGUUCGCCCGAUUCCUUCAUCCUGGGUGCGUGGAAUGAGAAACACCUGGCACAGGCUAAAAUUGCAGGAAUGUGGAUGGCUCGGCGCAGAGCUACCUCAUACACAGAGAUUGAAGAGUCAUGUUUGUCUUCCUACUGCAGGGAAUUCAUUGAUUCUAGCAUUUUUACCUAUGUCAUCACGCUGAUGAUAUUCCUCCAUGUCAUCCUCAUGGGGAUAGAAGCCGACUUAUACAAGGAACAUAAUGGUGCUGAAGGCAUUCCAUCAUGGAUCGGUAUUUCAAAUUUGGUCUUGACGAGCUUCUUUCUCUGUGAGCUGCUGCUGAAGUUCAUUGCCCUGGGUUGCCGAGAAUUCUGGUGUGGCAGGGACUGGGCCUGGAACGGCUUCGAUGCAGCCGUGAUCUCCUUGUCCGUGGUGGAUGUGGUUCUGGCCUUGUGGUUCACCACGGCAGCUGGAACUGGCCAAGUGAGGGUCUUCCGGAUGAUCCGUAUCUUGCGAUAUUUGCGAAGUAUUCGAGUGGUCCGGCUCUUCCGAUACAUCAGUGCAUUGCAGGUGUUGACCUUGUCGAUCAUUGGGACAAUGAGCUCGUUAGCCUGGACAUUGCUGCUGUUGAUUCUGAUCAUAUAUAGCUACUCUGUAGUGCUGACGGAGCUCGUAGUCGAAGUCUGUGUGGAGAACUCCGAAUGCCCACAGGUGUUUACCAGCGUUGCAGACAGACGCUUGGUUGGAUUCACAGUGAUAAGUCUUUAGCGGCCCUCACUUGAGAGGGCGGAGGUGGGCGGGAGAGAGCUAGUGUCUCAAGCAGGUUUACGUGGCCAAUCCUAGAGUGGUGCGCUACAGUCACAAGCCCGUGAACGAUUCCUCGUUCUGAAUCGCAGAGAAUUUGCUUUGUCCCUCGUGACGCCCCAUACAAAUCAUACAAGAGUUGAUGGCUAGGUGCAUUUUUGUGUUGAUGCCUCACGUGAAGCUCAUGUGGUGGUUGAUCGCCGUCCAUGCUUCCUUUGAGGCAUGCUGACGCUCUUCAUGGCCAUCUCACAAGGCU